UGUUGGCACCGCCUUGCCACUUUUCACGUGUGGUUAUUCGAGUUGGCUGAUGCAAUAAUUCCUCAGCGAUUUUAAGUGAUUUUUCCGGAAAAUUCGCAGUUUUAGCCGUUUUCCCCACCGAAGCCAAGUUUCCUGUUUAGUGAAAAGCGCCCCAAAAGUGUGAAAAUCAUGGCAGAGGACGACGCCAUUUUCGAUCCUUCGCUCAAAAAGAAAAAAAAGAAGAAGAAGACCGCGUUCGAUAUCGAGGCGGCGUUGGCCGAGGGCGGGAACGACGCGCAAGACGCCGCCCCCGAGCCCGACACUGCCAAGGAGGACGAGCAAGAUGAUGCAAAUGUUGAUAUAGAUUUGGACUUCACCAAGAAGAAAAAGAAGAAGAAGAAGCCCUUCACGGCCGAGGAUUUGGACGCCGUUGCUGGGGAGGGGAAGGACGAGGGGAACGAAGGGGGGAAUCAGGAUGAGGGGGCUCUUGAUGAUAACUUCGACCUGGAAGUGGACUUCAGUAAAACCAAGAAGAAAAAGAAGAAGAAGAAUCUGGGGGAUCUGAUCGCAGAGGCUGAUGAGAAGCAUGAAGACAAGGAAAAUGUUGAGCGAAUUCCGGAAUCAGUGGAUGAAAACUCAGCCGUUUGGAUGACCUCCGAUCGUGAUUACACCUACGAUGAGCUUUUGAAACGUGCCUUUGAAAUAAUGCGCGAUAAAAAUCCCGAUAUGGCCGCUGGCAAAAAACAAAAAUUCGUUAUGAGACCACCACAAGUCGUCCGAAUUGGUACUAAAAAAUCGUCAUUUGCCAAUUUUACAGAAAUCUGUAAAAUGCUCCAUCGUCAACCGAAACAUUUACUCGAUUUUCUAUUGGCUGAAUUAGGUACAAGCGGUUCAGUGGACGGCAACAGUCAAUUGAUAAUCAAAGGUCGCUUCCAACAGAAACAAAUCGAAAAUGUUUUAAGAAGGUAUAUUAAAGAGUACGUCACGUGUCACACGUGUCGUUCCCCCGAUACAAUUCUCCAGAAGGACACUCGAUUAUUCUUUUUACAAUGCGAAACAUGUGGUUCCAGAUGUUCAGUAGCAAGUAUCAAGUCAGGUUUCCAGGCUGUUACCUCAAAACGUGCUGCAAUAAGAGCGAAAACAGCCUAGAUGGUAGGUUAGAGGCGCGCAAUAUUUAUACUUAUUUUUAAUUCAAAGUAGGUGUUGUGUACACUUUGUACGUAAUUAGCCAAUUGUUGAAUAAACAAGAUUGUGACACAAGAAAAA